AUGGUUCCUACAUGAAACUCCUCACAACAAGGUCUGUGGAAACAAGCUGAGAGCCAUAUAGUCCCAUCCCUCUGCAACUUUGCCGUGCAACGCCAAGCUGCUGGAUUAAAUAGGUCCUUGGCUGGGUGUAGCUGAGGUGUCUUUGCACUAACUGGGAACACCUGACCAGUGUUUCUAAGUUACUUAAGCCCGCCUGCUCAGACACCAGUGUACAUCAAAGGCAAGUGAUGUCUCACGGAAUGUCAUGAUGUCACCAGCAGGCUUUCCUGUCUUCUAAAACACAACACAGAACAAGAACACAGGUUAGACACUUGAGAGGAAAAUCUCUUGCACCAACACAACCCAACACAAAACACAACACAACCCAAUAUUAACUUAGACAAACAACAACAAACUGAAAUGGCUCCACCAGAAGAAGCCGUUUUGUCCAGGGCUGACUGGGAAAGAAUCCAGUCUUCAUUAAACCAGCCCGAGGCCAAAGUGUACACCAGGCAGCAUGUGAUAGAGAGCAAUGCUCUGAAUCUGAUUUUCAGAACGGAGGAUAAACUCCUGAAAACCCGAUGCAGAAAGCUGCAGGCAACAAAAAAACUUGAGCAGCAGGCAAAGGAGGCACAUUUGAAUAUGCUUGCUGCAGAGGAGGUGGAAUUGAAGAAACAGGACUGGCAGCAAGCGGUUGACGAAGCCAAUAUUAAGAGGUUUCACCAGAAUGACUGGGUCCGUAAAUACAACAGUGCACUCCUAACGACAUAUGUGCAGAAGGAAAAUGAGGCAGUGAUGGAAUUUAACCGAGAAAAACAGAGAACUGCUGAAGAACGAACAAGACAGUAUGAAGAAGAGAUGAGGAGCAGAGAGAACAAAGCUCUGAGACAAGAGCAGGACAAAGCUCGUCAGAGACAGCUUUACAACCAGGCUGUGGCAGACCAUCACAUUGAGCAAAUGAAGGCAAACAAACAGCUGAGAGAGGAAGAAAGACAGCAGGAGAAGGAAGAGAGAGAUAGACUACGGGGCCUUGAUGAAUUGCAUGCACAGGAGCUAAGACAUCAGGCAGAAAUAAAAGCGGAGUCAAAGAAAAGCUGUUUGAAAUAUCACCUGGAGGCUAUCUCCAGUGCAGACCUCAACAGAGAAAGGGAGGCACAGAAACUGAAAACGGAGGAGGAAGAAAGAAAACGUGUUCGGCUUGACAUAGAAGGAAAGCAGAAGCAAAGAAAAAAUGACCAAGCAGCAAAGUUCAGAAAGCACCAGAUACUAAAAGAAAUUGUGACAGACAAAUUGGCAGUCAGAAUGAAGGAGCAGGCUGCCUCUACAACACUGAGGGAGGAGGCGAAAUUGUCUAAGGAAGUGGCUGAACAAGAUGCUCAAGUGGCAAAGCAGCAGAAGGACAAGGAGGAGAAGAGGGCUGCAAUGCUCAGGAGUAUUUCUGCUUACAGAGAAACAAAAAUACAGGAGAAAAAGCAGAAGGAGAAUGCAGAGCAACAGAGCAACCUGGACUGGUUUCAGGCCCGGAAACAAUCUGACAGGUUGUUUCUUGAAGAAGAAAAACAAAAGGCUAAGAGGGCCAGAGAAAAUAAAAUCAAGUGUCGAGUCGCCAAUGUCACCCUGAUGGCUGAAAAUCGUGCUAUCCUUGAUCGGCUGAAAAAGGAGGAACAGAACGCUGCAGAGAAGAAUGCAGAACAGAUAGCUGAGUGGGAUAAACAACUCCAGCAGUAUGUUCAGUGUGAACUUCACGAGGCUGCAGACAGUCGACGAAAUGUUACACAUCUUUUGGCUGCAAGCACAGGUGUCAUUUUUGAUGGGGAGGAGCCUGUCUACUAUUGUAAAAAUGCCGAUGAAAAAAUGCCCAGAUUUGCCACUGACCAGACCUGUUUUAAGAAAUGGGAUCUGGAACGCAACAAGCUGCAGCUUGUCUACAAAGAGGCAGGUAAGGUAGAUCAGAAGCCGACCCACCCCCCACCGAUUUCUAACACAAUCAAGCUAAAAUCUACAGACACUUUAGCGUCAAAGGAGAAAACUGGAGGACGUGGCCCUACUGUUGCUGUGGAGGGGUCCCACUACCUCUCCAAAAAUACAGGUGAUUCAUUUCCCAGAUUUGCCACUGAAAGAUCCCGGUCCACCAAGCAGUAUUUGAAACAGAACAAGCUGCAGCUAACUUACAAAGAGAACAGUAGGAUCGAUCAGCAGCCGACCCACCUCCCACCCAUUUCCACAAAAGAAGCACCAGCAGGACGACGCUGCCCUCCUGCUCGUUGUGGAGGAUUCCCACUACUGUUCUAAGGAAUCGGGUGAAUCAUUGCCCAGAUCAGCCACUGCACGAACCAGGUACAUUAAAUAGUGCCUGGAGCACAACAAGUUGCAGCUUCAGAAGACUUAAUCUACAAUAUUCCUGUUCCCCACCUCUCUUGGCUGCGUCCCCUUUCCCCACUUGUUUUCUCUACAUUCCCUUUCAAUUUCCCUCUUUUCUUCUCUCCCUUCAUUUCAUUCUUUUCUGAUUCUUCUCCUGUUUCUCUUUUUCAGGACAUCACGAGGGCAUUAGUGGUUAGCACUGAUGCCUCACAGCCAGGUUCUGGUUCAGGCCAGAGCUUUCUGUGUGGAGUUUGCAUGUUCUCCUCGUGUGUGUGUGUUUACACCGGGUUCUCCGGGUUCCUCCCACAGUCUAAAAAUAUGAGAGCUAUGUUAAUUGGCAAAAAAAAAAACACCAAACACAAAAAAUAAUAUGAAAUAAAAACAAAUAAAAAAUAAAUAAAUAAAACACAAAUAAUUUAAAUUAAAAUAUUAAAAAACUUAAAAAUAAAACAUCAAAAAAAAAUAUAUGAUGUAUGGAUUUUAAUUUAAAACUGCACAAACUAGGCUAUAUUUAAUCACACACAUAUGGGACUUUGCAAUGUUUGAAUAUGGCUUGUCAAUAUGACACAAUGCCACAUUUUUAGGAGUUCUUGUGUCUAUUCUACCAUAUGUACAAUGAUUUUUUAAAAGUUUUUAAAGAAUUUUAUAUUUUGCAGAUAUAAAUGUGAUAUGCUCAACGCUGUCAUUAAGGUCAAGAGUAUUUCAUAAAUCUGCCUUACAGGUCCUUUUGAUAGUUAGAAGAGAUGAAUAUCACUGAAAAAAAAUUUCUUUCUUUGCUGAGACUGAAUAUCAGUAGCUAGCUAAAGAUAAGUAGGACUAUAUCUUUCCUGAAUGAUUUAGAGAUGAUUUUAAUUUUCACAGAAGGAAGGCUUUCUGUAGCCUCAUUAAUUAAUUUGAAAAAGAUCCUCCAGGAACCCCUUUUAAUGAGGUUCCUUCAGUAACUUCUCCUCUAAAUUCAGCUGUUAAAGGUUCCUAUAGGAACCCCCCCAUGCAAGAGAGGUUCCUGAAUAAGUGUACAGUAAAAGGACAUUUCAAUCAUCCUUACACCACAAGACUUUAGGUAAAUAUUUACACUUUAAUCCAAUCAAAGAGUACAGUACAUUGUAAGGAUGCUGUUAAAACCUACGGCGCACAACAUUAGACAGCUAAUAUUACAGUAAAGUUGACGUCAGCUAGCGCGUAGUGUUGACCUAUCAUUAGUCGAAGUGUUUUCUUGCUGAAUACAAAUCUCAUAGUGCAUUAUAAAAAACACAGUAACAAUGGCUACAGGGAGAAAGGACGACUGCAUGAUCAUGUCAGUAUUUUCAGAUUUUUAUAUUAACGUGAGUACCGUAUUGGUUGAGCAGCUGGCUACAUGGCUAGCUAGCCACUAGUACCCUCGGCGAAGUAUCCUAUAAUAGGGCUAACGUUAGACUGCUAGAUGAGAUAACACCCUCAAUAACAGUCACAGCAGUUCUGAACUUCUGAAAUCCCAUCUGAUAUGCGUCUUCGUUAUACCGUUACAUUGUUUGUGGGAACUAAACCGUCACUAAUGCUAACAGGGAUUAAAGCUGUUCUUUUAAUCGGUGACAACACAUUGGUUAAGGUUGUAAGGACUAUGACUGUUGGUAGUUGUUGUUGAUUUUGUUCAAAUAUCCAGAAUUGUAAUUUUAUGGCUUAUUGUUGUUCGGAGGAUUAAGCGAAGAUAGCUAAUAUGUGCUAACGUCAGUGUCUGUUUUUUCAACUAUAGUGGCAACUAUACCAUGUGAUACCAACGUCGUUAUACUAUUGGCUCACAAGCCUUGUUAAAAGCAGGAACAAAAUGUCAGAAAUCUUACACAGAGAUAAACAAAACAUUCAUUUUG